GGAUGUCAUUCAGUGCGGCGCUGCUAAGUACCGGCAUGCAGCGAUUCCUUGCCUUUCGCUAACCUCGUCGUCGCCGUUGUUGUUGUUGCCCGCUGAGCCAGCAGCGACAUCUGGUGGUCACAUGAUCAUCAUUCAAAGCAAAUGGCGGCUUUAUGCAGUCGAAUAAAUGGCGGGAAUCUUAUGUCUAAACUGUUAUUUAGGGAGGUUCGGGGAUCACUUCAAACACAUAGGCAUCAAAGGAAAGAAAAAUUUUUCAAGAAAAUUCCUGGAAGGCUUUGUUUUAAAUUAACAUCGCUUGUACCAAGAGUUUUACUAGAUGAUGGGUAUGUGUUUCUUGGAUUUACCAAAGAUGGUCAGUUUGUCAUUUCUUAUUCCCUCCAAGUUGACACUGAUGAGAACACAGGAUUUCUUCCAGUUUAUGUCUACAAUCUACAGUGGUGGUGGUUCAUACCAUAUAAGCCCUUAAAAAAGGUUUCAGAAGUACGUCUUUUUGAAAAUGGAAUUGAACCAGAUAUUUUCAUCGCUAUCUGUGAAUGGCCUGCUGAUAGAUCCAAAAUAUUGGUGUAUGGACAUAGUGUUCCAAGAAGUCGAGAAGAAGGCAGCCAGUGUUUCAUAACUAUAACUGCAGUGCCACCUCUCAAUGCUUGCAAAGAUUGUUAUAUUAGUGAAUCCAAUUCUUCCUGUACAAAACGCAAAAAGAAAGUUAUGUGUGUUAAACACAGUUUUUGUAUCUACAGCAAGUAUGAACUGGCUCCACCAUUUCCAGCAUUUAUUCCACAAAUCCAGCUCAAAAUGGACGGAAUGGUGGUUCUUAACACAGGUGACUCUUUGGUUGCUCUCGACUUCCGUAUCAACCAACCUGUAACACAGUGUAACAAGGCAAGCAACUCUGUGGAUGAAUGUAAAAGACUAUUCAGCUGUGGCAGCACCAACCCUGCCUCAGCUAACUCAGGGGUUGAUGGUAGUGGUAACCGAGCUGAAGCUUACCACCACCUCAUUAAUGGAUACUAUGACUUCAGGGGAUCCCCAACAGGCUCGUCCGAUUCGGCUGCCGAGUCGGAUGAAGAUUGCUGGGGUAAGAACAAUCCGAAAGGAUUGCAAUCAAACAAACCAUCGAGCACUAGUGUAUCAAUAACAGGCGUUUCCAAUAGUUUAAACACCAAUAACACUGCAGCCACCAACAACAUGACAUCAACCAGCUGCACAAAUACAACCAACAGCACAACAGCCAGCAAUGUAACAAAGUGCUGCCAAAGAACUCGACUUCACUCAGUCAAUCCAUCCAAUGCUGACACUUUGGAGCAAUACACUUGCUGCUCAGCAUGCUGCGGUGAGUCCACUACCAACACCUGCUGCCGACACAGUAAGACCUCUGGCUACUGUUGGAACUGCAACUGUGAGAACUCUUGUCCUCCAUCUCUGAAUAACAGUAGUGGGGGUGGCGAUGAUUCUACUAACCGAUGCAUGAAGCAAUCCUGCUGCACUGUCUGUGAUAGAACUCUUACUUCUACCUCCUCUUGUCAUCACCAUCACCACCUCCACCACCACCACCAUCUCCACAACAGCCACCUCCACCACAACCACCAUCAUCUUGCUACAAACUUCUCUCCUCCUCCUCCUCCUCCACCUCCCCCUACUUCUAGCUGCUGUGAUCUUCAUACCAGACUGAGUGAUAGCAAUAGCAAAUGGUGCCGCAUGGUGAAGCAGCGCAACAGCUGCUCCAGUUGUUGCGUCAUUGUGGACACAGCAAAGUCAGAUGCAACAUCGCCACCACCAGCACCGCCCCCUACAGUUUUUCAGCGUAGUUCCAAACUGAAUGUACUGGAGGAGUGUCGGUGUUCAAAGAAGAAUGGCACUGCUUCUAGUGUGGUCAGUCACCACUCUAAGUGCUAUUGCAAUGCUACCAGUGACUCUGAUACAAAAGAAAAUAUUGUGGAAUCUACCAGUCAACCUUUAUCUCCAUCAAACAACAUAUCCCAGCAGCCCUUCUUUUCCCCCAAUAGUAACAGUGGCAGUAGUGCCACGCAAAACAGCAACGAAAACCUCCCAGUCUAUUUACACAUCAAUGAAUCUCGGUCAAUGUCUUUCUCCAUGAGGAAAUUUACAUAUCUUGAAGACAGCAGCAGGGAAAACAUUUUACUAAAUGAAGAUGAUUUUGAUCUAGCAUACCGCAGUAUUCUUCCUCUUGAUGUACGAGGUGCUGAUCAUAAAUUGAUGUCCAUUACCAAGUCUAAUGUGGAUUCAGACCAAAGUGACCACAUCACUGUUUGUCAGUUGACCUUGGAUAUUGAACACUUCUUAGAAGAGGUCAUCCACACAGUAGCAGAAUGGGGACACCGCUACAUUGCAUUUCUAAAUUAUGACCUGCAGCUUCUCGAUGUCAAUGCAGAAAGUGGAGAGGUUCUAGCAAAGGUGUUUGCUUUAGUCCAGGCAAGGAAAGAUUUUAAUGAAAAGAAAACUUGCAAACGAAGUAAUAUCCUAAAGCAGUACUAUCAAACCAGUAUCACAUUCAAUUGGAGUUUAUUAACAGGAAACUAUUCAACUUUUCACAUUGAAGACCUUGUGGAAGUAGAUGAAUCUGAUCUCUUGAGAAAAGAAUGGAACCCAGGAAAUGGUGAAGUUACCCGGCUGCAGCAUGCUUUGGCUGUGCCUCAGUCCUUUUACAAAAGUGUCUAUACCUUAACAAACGAGGCUGUCAUCAGGGGUAAUUCUCUGUCUUUGAUCCUGGCUCCUCACCAUUUUGUUGCAAUAAGCCGAUGAAUGUGGUUGUGUUGUACAUCACUGUGUCUUUCAUUCCUCAGUUGUUGACCAUGCAACAUAUUUUUUUAAAAUAGUGCCUUUGUGAAAACAAGGAUAUUCCUCCAAUAAAGCAAAAAAAAAAGUGUUCUUUAUUCAA